AGUGACAGCUUCGCACGUGUUCCCCUGUUGAGGACCCCGGGCCUACUUGGACUUGAUAGCUCCCGUUUAUAUUUAUCUCCCUGAGGGUACUCUCCGGGUACUUAACCCACAGCAGGUGACGAUGGAGUCGAUAAAACGGAUACCCUCUCUGCCUGCCGCGUUAUCCUCACUGGUGCUCCUCAUCUCCGCCGUUGUCCCCCUGGCCACAGCAGAACCUACCCUCACUGACGACUCACAAUGCGGCUGCUACCGGAAUAACGACGACACAAGCACCUACUUCACGAACCACCGGUUCUUCGACUUCCGUAGUCUCGCCGACUAUGCCGGCGUGCCGGCCGUUGUCCAGGACCUAGAGGGGAGCCCCGGCGCGCCCGUGACCAGCGACUACUUCAAAAGCACAGACUGGACCAGCUUCUGGUGGCUGGGCAGCUGGAACAACAGCAACAAUGCGCGCGGCGACUCCACCGUGACCAUGACCAACUCGCCCAACAACGUCUACAUCGAGGCCAACACGGAGCCCGACCCGUCCUCGCAGACAUACCUCACCAUGCGCACACAGCGCCUGCGGGGCUUCCAGACGGCCGCCGAGAUCGAAUCCGUCUCGAGCGACUUCAAGUACCUCUCGUUGCGGAUGCGGGCGCGCACGGUGGGGGCGGCGGGGGCCAUCACGGGCAUGUUCACGUACCGGGGCGGGGAGACGCUGGCGGACGUGCAGGAGGCGGACCUGGAGAUCCGCACGGCGGACCCGCGCAACGUGAUGCACUACACCAACCAGCCGGCCUACACGGACGACGGCGAGGUCAUCGCCGAGGCCACGCGCAACGCCACCAUGCCCGGCGGCCUCGACUGGACCGCCUGGGCCGUCCACCGCAUGGACUGGACCCCGGGGCUGACCACCUGGUACGUCGACGACGAGAUGACGGCCCAGAUCGCCUUCCAGGCGCCCCGCGACGAGAGCAACGUCAUCCUCAACGUCUGGAGCGACGGCGGCAAGUGGACCGGCAACAUGACCCUGCUCGACGCCGCCUACCUGCAGGUCCAGUGGCUGGAGAUCAUGUACAACAACACCGACCCGGAGCACGCUACCAAGAACAGCAAAGUCAGGAGGGAUGAUGACGCCGCCGAGGGCAAGGGGUGCGGUGCCGUCUGUAGUGUCGACGAUACGCCGGAGCUGGGGAAGCCGGUCAUGCUGUGGAACAAUGCCGCCGUGGGGGUCAGGGAGGCCGGGGCUGGGAGGCUCAUCGCGUGGGUGCCCACGGGCGUGGUGCUGGUUAUGGCGCUGCUUUCGACGGGGUUGUUGGUUUAGAGCUCGGGUCUGGCGUCUCGGCGGGGGUGGCUGGUUCCUUGAUUCCCUACCUAGUCAUGCGGUCCUUCUUUGGAUAUACACUUUUUUGGGUUGGCUUGAAUAUCGAGUUUGACUUUGAUACCCCUGAGGGUGUUCUCAGCGCUCACGUCACUGCUGUAUUAUUCUUCAGUCCAAUAGUAGUCUCCCUCCGCCUUCACAAACAAGCUAUG